GGUCACACUGAUGCGGUAACAAGUGCAAAAUUAACAAUAAUACAAUUUUAAACCAAUCCCCAAAUGCGCGUAGGCAGCCUGCUGCGGUUCCGCUGCACCGCUCUAAGAAGCAACACCGCUCGGCAGCAGUAUGUGCCACAACACAAGCCAGCGGUGGAGGAUGACAUCAAGCGGCUAGAGGAUUUCCUGUUGUCCAAACCGAAUGUUUUGGUUCUGACAGGCGCAGGGAUCUCCACGGAAUCGGGCAUUCCCGACUACCGCUCCAAGGGCGUUGGACUCUACGCUCGGUCCAAUCACAAGCCGGUUCAGCACAUGGAGUUUGUGAAGUCGCCGGCGAUCCGCAAACGCUACUGGGCCCGUAAUUUCGUGGGUUGGCCCACGUUCUCCGCCACCCAGCCAAAUGCCACGCACCAUGCUCUGGCCAGAUUCGAACGGGAGGAGCGCGUCCAGGCUGUGGUCACCCAGAAUGUGGACCGACUGCACACGAAGGCGGGCAGCCGUAGCGUAAUGGAGGUGCAUGGCAGUGGCUUUGUGGUCAAGUGUCUGUCCUGUGAUUAUCGUAUCGAUCGUCACGAGUUCCAGAGCAUUCUCGCUUCCCUUAAUCCGGCCUUUAAGGACGCCCCCGACAUGAUCCGGCCCGAUGGCGAUGUGGAGAUACCCGCGGAAUACAUCGAUAACUUCCAGAUACCCGCUUGCCCGCAGUGCGACGGUGAUUUGAAGCCCGAGAUUGUCUUCUUUGGGGAUUCGGUGCCCAGGGCGCGGCUGGAUAAGAUUGCAGAGAUGGUGUACAACAGCGAUGGCCUCCUGGUGCUCGGAUCCAGUCUCCUAGUCUUCUCCGGAUACCGGAUCGUGCUACAGACCAAGGAUCUUAAGCUGCCGGUGGCCAUAGUCAAUAUAGGAGAUACGCGGGCUGAUCAUCUGGCGGACAUCAAGAUAUCCGCCAAGUGCGGCGAUGUGAUACCCAAGCUAUUCGACUUUCGUUCCACGAAAAGCUCCUAGCUAAUCCUGAGUAUCUGUUUUUGUUAUGUGUGCCCAAAAGAUGGGAAUAAAUAUUUUAACUAAAUAGUUAUGUUUUGUAA